AUGGCUCCUCUGGCACAGGCUGUGACUGUGUCCCUCCAAGACCUCCAAAACGGGAACGUCUCAUUCGAGACUUUGCAGGAGGCUUUUGGCCCUGAUUCCCUGGGCAUCUUAGUGGUCAAGAACGUUCCGGAGGAGUUUGCGCAGCUGCGCCAUGUCGCCUUAUCAUAUGGAUCUUAUUUGGGUAACCUCCCCAAGGAGGAACUAGACAAGCUGGAAAAUGCCAAGGCAAAGUACCUGACUGGCUGGUCCCUCGGCAAGGAGACGCUCAAGAAUGGCCAGGCCGACACCUUCAAGGGAUCCUACUACGCAAACUGUGCCUUCUACGUCAAUCCGAGCCUGGACUGUGCCGAGCCCACGCCAGAGUUCUCGCCCGAGACCUUUCCCGAGUACCUCUCACCCAACAUCUGGCCGGCGGAGCGAGUGCUCCCCGGCAUGAAGCCGGCAGUGACCAGCCUGUGCCGCCUCAUCAUCGACGUAGCCGUGCUGGUGGCGCGCGCCUGCGACCGCUUUGCCGAAAAGGAGAUCCAGGGCUACCCCAAGGGCUACCUGGAGCACGUCGUUAGCACGUCCAACACCACCAAAGCGAGGCUGCUGCACUACUUCCCCCAGGGGGCGUCCGACGCGGCGUCGACGGCGGCAGAGGGCGACGAGGACGAUUGGUGCGGCACGCAUCUCGACCACGGCUGCUUGACGGGCCUCACAUCGGCCAUGUUCAUCGACGAGAAGCAGGUUGACCCCACGGUGCCCAGCGCGGCGGACCUCACCAGCCUCACGGGGGCCUCCCUCCCUCCCCUGGACGAGCUGCCUGCGUCGCCCGACGCCGCGGCCGGCCUGUACAUCAAGUCUCGAACGGGCGAGACGGUGCAGGUCAAGAUCCCGCGUGACUGCAUCGCGUUCCAGACGGGCGAGGCCCUGGAGCGCAUCACGGCGGGCAGGUUCAAGGCGGUGCCGCACUUUGUGAGGGGGGUCAGGGCGAGCGUGAGCGAUGGGAGGGUAGCGAGGAACACGCUGGCGGUGUUUACGCAGCCGAAUCUGGGCGAGGAGGUGGAUAUCGAGCAGCACUUGACGUUUGGAGAGUUUGCGAGGGGCGUUGUGACGAAGAAUACGGUUUCUUAG